AUGCAUUUCAUCAAGCUUGCCACCGGCACUUGCAUCAUCGCAGCCACCAGCUCGGCUGCUCAGCUGAGUCAGACACAGUCUUACGAGCAGGUCUCCAACAUGACUGUCAGUGCCAUCGUCAAUGACUUCCGCUACAACGGCGAUGUCACCGUCCUUCGUGGCCUCAUCGACAUUGCCUUUGCCGCGCUCCAGUCCGAAGCUGCUCUGGUUGCAUCUUGUCUCCAGUCCAGCAGCUCUUCCACUGGAAAAGGCGGUCCACCUGCUACCUCGCCACCAACUUCCAGUUCCAUCCUCAACCCCGUCAUCCCCAAUCCACCACCUCUCAGCGUUCCAGUGCCCGUCCCAGCUCCAGCUCCUCCAGCGGCACCUCCAGCUGGUCAACCUGCCUCACCACCAAACAACCUACCAACGGGCCAGCCUCCUAUCGCCACUCCUCCCAUUGUUGCACCUUCCAUCGCUGCUCCUCCAGCUUCGCCAGCCCUUCCAGCAACUGCCGCAUCUCCUGCAGGCAACAAUGUCCAGCCGCCAUCAUCACCUUCUGGAUUCAGCAACUCACAAGCAUCCAACCCAUUGUCCAACCAAGGCAGCUCCGGCUUCUUGACCUCACUUGUUCCCAACUCACGUCCAAGCCUCAAUGGAUCCACCAGUAGCUCUAACCUUUCCGGUCUUUUGAGCCCUGGUGGCUCGGGCUCUUCUGGCCCAAUCACUGCUGGAGGAAGCAACGCUCUUGGUGGUAUCGUGUCAGGAGUCAACAGCGUCGCUGGUGGUGCACUUUCUGGAGUCGGCGGCCUUGUGUCUGGCGUCCUCGGUGGCUCUGCUGCUACACCUGCUGCUGGAGCAGGAGGUCUCGUUUCCAAUGCCGCUGGAGCUGCCGGUAACCUUCUCUCAGGGGUUGGCGCUGCUGCUACUGGUAUUCUCGGUGGUGUUGCCAGUGCUCUACCAGGCCCUCUAGGAGGCGUCGUUUCUGGAGUCAACAGUCUUGCAGGCGGAGUUCUGUCUGGAGUCGGAGGUAUUGUGUCCAAUGUCGGCGGCGCUGCUGGUUCUCUUCCAACAGCUGUCGGUGGAGCUGUAUCGAACGUCGGCGCAGGUGUUGGAGGUGCUUUGACAGGGGUCGGAGGUGCUGUCACUGGCGCAGUUGGAGGGGUCGCUGGAUCCUUGCCUACCCCUCUCGGCGGUGUUGUGUCUGGAGUCGGGAACGCAGCAGGCGGAGCCGUUUCUGGUGUUGGAGCUGCCGUCUCAGGUGUUGCCGGAGGACUUGGUGGAGCAGUUGGUGGUCUACUCGGCGGUCUUCUUGGAGGCGGUGCCUUGCCGUCCUCUAUCACCGGCACACCCAGCCCAGUCUCUGGAGUCAUCGUCAGCGCUACCAAUGGAGCCGUCGCCACUUGCACGGAUCUCAUCUGCCUUCAAGCAUCUCUUCCCGGUCUCUUGGGCUUGAACGUCAACACCAUUCCCACCGGUGGCUCUGGUGGUUCUCUACUCGACGUCGGUGUCAAGGUCCUUGGAGGUGGCAAUGCACCUGCUGCUGCACCUGCCGUCACUACCAACAUCAACGCCAUCAUCUCUGCUGCCAGUCAAGUUUCAUCGGUCAUCAGUGCAAGUCAAUGCAACAACCUCAUCUGUCUUCAGGCUUCUCUUCCAGGAGUCAUCAGUCUGAGCGCCGGUGCCAUCCCAACAUCCGGUGCAAACCUCGGCAACCUUCUCGGAGUUGGUCUCAAUCUCUUCGGUGGUGGUCAGGCGCCCACUAUUGCCACCGUUGCUGCAGGUACUGGCUCGGCCCUCGUCGCUGCUGUCACUACCUCAGUCUCCAUUACCCCACCACCAACAGCUGGACAGCCUGCACCAACUGGACAGUGGGUUCCAGUGACCUCAUGGAUGUACAUUGCUCCUGGUGGCUUGGGUCUCUGA